AUGUCUGAAAUGUUUUGCAGAGGUGAAUCGGGUGCCGGGAAGACUGAAAACACUAAGAAGGUUAUUCAAUACCUUGCUCAUGUUGCUUCCUCCCAUAAAGGAAGAAAGGACCAUAAUAUUCCUCCCGAAUCACCUAAACCCGUGAAACAUCAGGGGGAGCUGGAGCGUCAGCUUCUUCAGGCAAAUCCCAUUCUGGAAUCCUUCGGGAAUGCAAAGACAGUGAAAAAUGACAACUCCUCUCGCUUUGGCAAGUUCAUUAGGAUUAACUUUGAUGUUACUGGUUAUAUAGUUGGGGCCAACAUUGAGACAUACUUGUUGGAAAAGUCUCGUGCUGUUCGUCAGGCAAAAGAUGAGCGGACAUUUCAUAUCUUCUAUCAACUACUAGCUGGAGCAGGAGAACAUCUGAAGUCUGACUUGCUCCUUGAAGGAUUUAACAAUUACAGAUUUUUAUCUAAUGGCUACAUCCCCAUCCCUGGGCAACAAGACAAAGAUAACUUUCAGGAGACCAUGGAAGCCAUGCAUAUCAUGGGAUUUUCGCAUGAUGAGAUCUUGUCAAUGCUGAAAGUGGUGUCUUCAGUGCUACAAUUUGGAAAUAUUUCCUUUAAGAAAGAGAGAAAUACUGAUCAAGCUUCUAUGCCAGAGAAUACUGUCGCACAGAAACUCUGCCAUCUGCUGGGAAUGAACGUAAUGGAGUUCACCCGGGCCAUCCUGACACCCCGCAUCAAAGUUGGCAGAGACUACGUUCAGAAAGCCCAGACCAAAGAACAAGCAGACUUUGCAGUGGAAGCUUUGGCAAAAGCCACCUAUGAACGCCUCUUCCGCUGGCUUGUUCAUCGCAUUAAUAAAGCUUUGGACAGGACCAAACGACAGGGAGCGUCUUUUAUUGGAAUUCUGGAUAUUGCUGGAUUUGAAAUCUUCGAGUUGAACUCCUUUGAGCAACUUUGCAUUAACUACACCAAUGAGAAGCUUCAGCAGUUAUUUAACCACACAAUGUUUAUCCUGGAGCAAGAGGAGUACCAACGAGAAGGUAUAGAGUGGAAUUUCAUUGACUUUGGACUGGAUCUGCAGCCUUGCAUUGACUUAAUCGAAAGACCUGCAAAUCCUCCUGGUGUGUUAGCGUUACUGGAUGAAGAAUGCUGGUUCCCUAAAGCUACUGACAAGACAUUUGUGGAAAAGUUGGUACAAGAGCAAGGAACCCACUCCAAGUUCCAAAAGCCAAGACAGCUAAAGGACAAAGCAGACUUCUGCAUUAUUCACUAUGCAGGGAAGGUAGACUACAAGGCAGAUGAGUGGUUGAUGAAGAAUAUGGACCCCCUGAAUGACAAUGUGGCUACGCUCUUGCACCAGUCUUCUGACAAAUUUGUUGCAGAGCUUUGGAAGGAUGAGAUUCAGAAUAUUCAGAGAGCCUGUUUCUAUGACAAUAUUACUGGUCUUCAUGAUCCACCAGUGGAUCGUAUUGUGGGUCUGGAUCAAGUCACUGGAAUAACAGAGACAGCUUUUGGCUCUGCGUACAAGACCAAGAAGGGCAUGUUUCGUACAGUUGGCCAACUGUACAAAGAAUCUCUCACCAAGCUGAUGGCAACGCUCCGGAACACUAAUCCCAAUUUUGUUCGCUGCAUCAUUCCAAAUCAUGAAAAGAGGGCUGGAAAAUUGGAUCCACAUCUGGUUCUAGAUCAGCUUCGUUGCAACGGUGUUUUAGAAGGAAUAAGGAUUUGUCGACAAGGAUUUCCAAACAGGAUAGUGUUCCAGGAAUUUAGACAGAGGUAUGAGAUCCUUACUCCUAAUGCAAUUCCAAAAGGUUUUAUGGAUGGUAAGCAAGCCUGUGAGCGUAUGAUCAGAGCCUUAGAGCUGGACCCCAAUUUAUACAGAAUUGGACAGAGCAAGAUCUUUUUCCGAGCUGGUGUCUUGGCACACUUAGAAGAAGAACGAGAUCUGAAGAUCACAGACAUUAUCAUCUUCUUCCAGGCAGUCUGUAGAGGAUACCUGGCUAGGAAGGCCUUUGCAAAGAAACAACAGCAACUGAGUGCACUGAAAAUCCUGCAAAGGAAUUGCGCUGCGUAUUUAAAGCUUAGGCACUGGCAGUGGUGGAGAGUCUUCACGAAGGUGAAGCCUCUUCUUCAGGUCACUCGUCAAGAAGAGGAACUUCAAGCCAAAGAUGAGGAGCUAAUGAAGGUGAAAGAAAAACAGACAAAAGUGGAGGCAGAACUUGAGGAAAUGGAAAGGAAACAUCAACAG